AUGGCCGUCGAUCGCAUCAUCGUCAAGCUCGAGCUACACCUUCCCACUGCCCAACCGUCUCACUGUUGCGUCAAUUGCCAUCGCAUGGCCGGGGCAAGCGCGCAGCCCGCGUGGGCGCAGGCGCUCGCGGCGGUGGGCCUCCUCGUCGCGUCGCGCGCCGCGGUGCGUCUAGCGCUGUGGCUCUACGCGGCCUUCCUCCGCCCUGCCAAGCCGCUGCGCCGCCGCUACGGCGCCUGGGCCGUCGUCACGGGCCCCACGGACGGCAUCGGACGCGCGCUCGCCUUUGAGCUCGCGGCCGCGGGGCUCAGCCUCGUCCUCGUCGGCCGCAGCCCUGAUAAGCUCGCCGCGGUCUCCAAAGAGGUCAGGGCCAGGCACCCCGGCGCUGGGGUGCGCACCUUCGUCCUCGACUUCGCCGCAGACGGGCUCGCUGCCAACGUGGCGGCCCUCGCUGAGUCCAUCCGGGGCCUCGACGUCGGCGUGCUCGUCAAUAACGCCGGCCACUGCUACCCGUACGCGCGUUACUUCCAUGAGGUUGACGAGGCGCUCACGAGGAACCUGAUACGCCUCAACGUCGAGGCUCUCACGCGGAUGACGCACGCCGUGCUCCCUGGCAUGGUGCAGCGCAAGCGGGGCGCCGUGGUGAACAUCGGGUCCGGCGCCGCCACCAUCCUGCCGUCCGACCCGCUCUACGCCGUCUACGCUGCCACCAAGGCAUAUGUCGAUCAAUUCUCACGAAGCCUAUAUGUUGAGUACAGGAACAAAGGUAUCGACGUGCAAUGCCAGGCACCCUGGUACGUUGCGACGAAAAUGGCCUCGAUCAGGCAGGCGUCCUUGUUUGCCCCGUCACCGGAGACGUAUGCCCGUGCCGCCGUGCGCUACAUUGGGUAUGAGCCCCGGUGCACGCCUUACUGGGCGCACGCCCUCGUGUGGUUCCUCUUCACGGUCGUCCCUGAGCCCAUCGCGGACAAGUAUGUCCUUGGCGUGUCCCUCGGCAUUCGUGACAAGGGACGCGCCAAAGAGGCCAGAAAGAAAGCCAUGUGA